UCUUUGUUUACAGUCCACAGCCCACUUGCAUCGAUUCUGCAUUGGACUUUAGUCAUUUAUAAUUCAAAAUGUUCAACUUUAAACAAUUGGCCACUCACCUGUAUCGCCAGUAUGAACUGAUCACGUGCAUUAACAUGCUAGAGCCAUGGGAGAGGAAGCUAAUCAAUGGCUUCUUCCUGGUCGUACUGGCACUGGUGUUCUUCUCCAGCUGCUGGUAUCUGCCCAACUAUCUGCAAACCCUGCUGCAGGUGCUCACACCGCCCGCUUGGUCUAGUCAGUCGGAAAAUGUCGCCUAUGCGGCACAGAAAAUGGGCACAAGCUAAGCUUCCACCCAUCUGCAGCCAUAAAUAGG